AUGACAAAGAAGGAGCUCAGGGCGAUGAGCGAGGAGGAGUUUGAGGACCUAGAGGAGGACAUUCGCCUCGAGUGCAAGCGGUUUGGCACGGUUAAAUCGCUGCACAUCGUUCGUCCCAAGGAUGUUACCAACCCUGAUGAUAGCGACAGUGACAGUGACGAGGAGGAGGAGAAAGCAGAGGUGAAGGAAGAGGUGAAGGAAAAGUUGGAAGGGAUUAAAGAGGAGGAGGAGAACGAAGAGGGGGAAAAGGAGAUGAAGGAGGAAGUGAAGGAGGUGAAGAAGGAAGAAGAGGAGGUGAAGGAAGGGAAGGAGGAGACAAAGGAAGGGACGGAGGUUAAGGAAGGGGAGGCGAAGGAGGGAGAGCAGGAAGCAGCAGCAAGCGAUGCUGGUAAGGAAGUGAAGAAGGAGCAGGAGAAGGAGAAGGAUGCUGGGAAGGAUGAAGGUCCGGGUGGGGUUGAUGAGGAGGCUAAAAAGGAGGAGGAGAAUAAGGACGAGGAAAUGAAGGAUGUGGAAGCAGUGGCGGGUGAUGAGGCAGUAGAAGCUCCUGGGGAGAAGGUGGAAGGAGCAGCGGAGGGAGAAGCUGUAGCAGUAGCAGAGGAGGAUGAUGUGGAGGAGGUGGUUAAGGAUGAGGAGGGUGGGGAGAAGGGAGGAGAGAAGGAGGGGGAAGAGAAAGAAGGAGCAGAAGAGGGAGGCGAUGAGGAGAUGAAAGAAGCAGAGGAGGAAGCUGAGGGCAAGGGUGAAGGGAAGGCAGAGGAGGAGGGUGGGGAAGGCGCAGAUGCGGCAGGAGAGUCUGUGGUUGAGGAGGUUGAGGUGGCUCGAGCCGAGGAGGAGGGUGGGAAAGGCGCAGCAGGAGAGCCUGUGGUCGAAGUAGCUCGAGCGGAGGAGGAAGGUAGUGACUCGGAUAGUGAUGUGGUGGAGGUAGUGCCAGAGACACGAGGGGAGGUAGAGAAGGGAGAGAAGGAAGAGGAGGAGAAGGGGGAGGAAGAGGUGGAGGAGGUGCAGGGCGGUGUGCGUGCGUCUGAGAAGAGUGGUGAGGGGGAAGGGCAGGCACUUGAUGGGUUGGCGGAUAUUGCUGCUGCUGCCGCUGCUGAGACGGCAGGGGACAAGGAGGAGGGAGAUGCUGAGGGAAAAGAAUCCGAGGGUGGGGGAGGGUUUGCCCUUGAUCUGAAUGUGACUGUUGAGGGGGAGGAGGAGGGUGGGAAGGGUGGAGGAGCGAAAGAGGAGGCAGAGGGCGGGAAGGACGAGACAGAGGGAGCAAAGGAGGAGGUGUAUGAGACGGCUUCAGAGGAUGAAGGGGAGAAGGGCGAGGGAGGGGAGGAGGCUAAGGCGGAGGAGGGUGCAGAGGCUAAGAAGGGUGAAGAGGCGAAGGAGGGUGCGGAGGCGAAGGAGGGUGAAGGGAAGGAAGGGAGUGGGAAGGAGGGAGAGGGUGAGGGGAAAGUGGAGGAGGGGAAAGGUGAGGAGAAGGAUGGGAAGCAGGAGGCGGACACAGUGGAGGGAGCAGCAGGGGGGAGUGAUGUGAAGGAGGGAGAAGGCACAGAAGCACCAGGAGAGGGAGCAGCAGAUGAAGCAGCAGAGGGAGCAACAGCGGGAGCAACAGAGGGAGCAGCAGAAGAAGCAGCAAAGGGAGGAGCAGCGGAAGCAACAGAGGAGGGGAAGGAGGGCACAGAGGGGAAGGAUGCAGAAGGAAAGCAGACCCCAGUGGCCUUCCCUGUGCCUGUGCGCAUGCCUGCCCCCGGGCCCCCCAUGCCCCUCAUUCCAGGAGUCACCUUCCCCCCCCCCUUCCGCCCCCCGAUCCUCCUCCCCCCAGGCACAGAUGUACCCCCCCCAGGUGUCGCCACCCCAGCUGCUACCCUCGCUGCUCCAGGUUCUAUCCGCUUCCCUGCCCCGUUUGCCCCUGGUGCUCCUCCCCCUGGCGCUGGCAAGGGGUUGCUGGGGCACCAGCCGGGGCAGGUGGGAAAGCCGGGAGAAGCAGGUAAGCCAGGGCAACCGGGGGCUAUUGUGCUGGCUGGGUCUAAAGGGAUGGGGGAUUUGGUGGAUGCGGCGCGGAGGGGGGAAAGGGAAGUGGAGAAGUGGAGGGUUGGGAGGGCGUAUGUGGAGUUUUCGCGAGAAGAGAGUGCGAGUCGGGCGGCGCAUAUGUUGCAUGGGAGGGUGUAUGCGGGGAGGAAGGUGACGUGCUCGUUUGUGCCACUGAGGGUGUAUCAGAAGAAGUUUAACAAGGGGUUGAAGCCACGCACGCACGAGGAGAAACAGGAAGCUGCGCUGGCUGUGCAGGCACAUUUGACGUCCCACUUGCCUGAUGACUUUUAG